GAUGAUCCCAGUGGCCAGAACAACAUGGAUCUGGCUCCAGGUUCACUCCAAGAGAAGAAGAUGGAAGCGGAGAAGAGAGCCAUGGGAAUGAAUAUGAAUGAUUACAACGGAGACAUGAGGAAGGUUGGCAGAGGAGGAGGAGGAGGAGGAGGAGGAGGAGGGAUGGGUUAUCGUCCACCUGGAUCCAAAGAGGCAACACCUGGAGAUGCUGGAUCGUACUAUGACAAGACCUUGCCUUUGACCAAUCAGGAUUGGUGUCUUGGGGAGGAGGGUCCUUGCUCUCUGUACUCACCACCCACUGUCUACAAGUCCCAUUCCCUCUUCAACCACACUAUUCCCUUUAGACAAGUAAGAUAACCUCUCCUCUUG